AAGUGAGAGGCCGUCAUCAUAGAUCAUCCUUGUGAAAGGUCAGGUGAGAGGGGAAGGACGGAGCGUGAGAGGAGAGGAAGAGAGUAGAGGAAGAGAAGAGAGGGAGAGAGGAGAGGAGAGGAGAGGAAGAGGCUAGAGAGAGUUAAGAGGAGAAGACAUGACAGCCAGAGAGCGGAGGGACUCUCCUCUCGAAGGUGCUGGGAAUAGUUUUUUGCGGGCAGCACGCUCGGGGAACCUGGACAAGGCCCUGGACCACAUAAAGAACGGUAUAGAUAUCAACACAGCCAAUCAGAAUGGGCUAAACGGCCUCCAUCUCGCCUCUAAAGAAGGCCACGUCAAAAUGGUGCUGGAGCUAUUACACAAUGGCAUCGUGCUAGAGACCACCACAAAGAAAGGGAACACAGCACUACAUAUAGCGGCACUAGCGGGUCAAGAGCAGGUGGUUACUGAGUUGGUCAAUUAUGGAGCCAACGUGAAUGCACAGUCCCAGAAGGGCUUCACUCCGCUUUACAUGGCUGCACAGGAGAACCAUCUAGAGGUUGUGAAGUUUCUUCUCGAGAACGGCGCUAAUCAGAGCAUUCCAACUGAGGAUGGCUUUACCCCUUUGGCCGUAGCUCUUCAGCAGGGUCAUGAGAACGUGGUCGCUCUGCUCAUCAACUACGGCACCAAGGGCAAGGUCCGCCUCCCCGCGCUACACAUAGCCGCGCGCAACGACGACACCCGCACUGCCGCAGUGCUGCUGCAAAACGACCCCAACCCAGACGUGCUCAGCAAGACAGGCUUCACGCCACUGCACAUCGCUGCCCACUAUGAGAACCUGAACGUGGCCCAACUUCUGCUCAACAGAGGAGCCGAUGUCAACUUCACACCCAAGAAUGGAAUCACACCUCUCCACAUAGCAGCGAGGAGAGGGAACGUUAUCAUGGUCAGACUGCUGCUUGACCGAGGAGCAACCAUUGAUGCCAAGACUAAAGACGAGUUGACGCCUCUACACUGUGCAGCAAGAAACGGCCACGUUCGCAUCAUCGAGAUCCUCCUGGACCAAGGCGCACCCAUUCAGGCAAAGACUAAAAACGGUUUGUCUCCCAUCCACAUGGCGGCCCAGGGAGACCACAUGGACUGCGUGCGGCAGUUGCUCCAGUACAACGCUGAGAUCGAUGACAUCACCCUGGACCACCUGACCCCCCUGCACGUGGCCGCCCACUGUGGCCACCACCGCAUGACCAAGGUGCUUCUGGACAAGGGAGCCAAGCCCAACACACGAGCCCUGAACGGUUUCACACCCCUCCACAUUGCCUGUAAGAAGAACCAUAUGCGAGUUAUGGACCUGCUCCUUAAACAGGGAGCCUCACUAGAAGCGGUUACGGAGUCUGGUUUGACCCCCCUGCACGUGGCCUCUUUCAUGGGUCACCUGAACAUUGUGAAGAUUCUGCUGCAAAAGGGCGCCUCCCCCCACGCCUCCAAUGUGAAAGUGGAGACUCCUCUGCACAUGGCUUCCCGGGCCGGUCAUUGCGAAGUGGCGCAGUUCUUGUUAGAAAACGGAGCUCCAGUUGACGCUAAAGCUAAGGACGACCAGACUCCGCUUCACUGCGCGUCUCGAAUGGGCCAGGAGAACCUGGUGAAGCUGCUACUGGACCACAAAGCCAACCCCAACUCCAGCACCACGGCUGGCCACACCCCCCUGCACAUUGCCGCGCGGGAGGGACACACGGAAGCCGCACUAAUACUGCUGGACAUGAACGCACAGCAGACCAAGAUGACCAAGAAGGGCUUCACUCCGCUCCAUGUGGCGUCUAAAUAUGGCAAGCUGGAUGUGGCCCAGCUCCUGCUAGACAGAGGAGCCAAUCCCAACGCUGCUGGCAAGCAGAAUGGACUGACCCCGCUGCACGUGGCCGUGCAUCACAACAACUUGGACGUGGUCAACCUGCUGGUUAGUAAGGGAGGAUCCCCUCACAGCGCUGCAAGGAACGGCUACACCCCGUUGCACAUCGCCAGCAAGCAGAACCAGGUGGAGGUGGCGAGCAGCCUGCUGCAGUGCGGGGCGUCGGCCAACGCGGAGUCCCUGCAGGGGGUCACGCCCCUCCACCUGGCCUCCCAGGAGGGCAGCCCCGACAUGGUCAACCUACUGAUCGCCAAACAGGCCAACGUCAACCUGGGGAAUAAGAGUGGCCUGACCCCGCUGCACCUGGUGGCACAAGAGGGGCAUGUGGGCAUCGCAGACAUCCUGGUGAACCAGGGAGCCUCUGUCUACGCCGCCACAAGGAUGGGCUACACCCCUCUCCACGUCGGCUGCCAUUACGGUAACAUCAAGAUGGUGAAGUUCCUCCUCACACAACAGGCCAACGUCAACAGCAAAACCAGAUUGGGCUACACGCCGCUUCACCAGGCGGCUCAGCAAGGACACACUGACAUCGUCACCCUGCUGCUGAAGCACGGGGCUCAGCCCAACGAGGUCACCACGCAUGGCACCUCUGCUCUGGCCAUUGCCAAGCGACUUGGCUACAUCUCAGUCAUCGAUGUGCUCAAGCUGGUCACCGAGGAGACCACCACCAUGACAACUACAGAGAAGCAUCGCAUGAGCUUCCCCGAGACUGUCGAUGAGAUCCUAGACGUAUCAGAGGAUGAAGGGCUCGCCCAGCUAACUCUAGGUGAGGAGUUGCUGGGUAACGAGGGGGCCAGGUACGGGAAGAUGGACGGCGUUAAGGACCACGAUGAGGACUUCCUGUCUCCAAAGAAAGCAAUAGAAAACUACUCUCCAGCCAUUCCCAGAAUUCCAUGUGUGUCUCCAGAAACUGUGGUCUUGAAGGAGCAUGAGAUUGAACAGCAACAGACACCCCUCCCGCUGCCGAAAGAGUAUGAUGAGGACUCACUGAUCCCCAGCAGUCCUGCUACUGAGACCUCAGAUAAUGUCAGCCCCGUGGCCAGCCCCAUACACACUGGGUUCCUGGUGAGUUUUAUGGUGGAUGCUCGUGGCGGCUCCAUGCGGGGCAGCAGACACAACGGGUUGCGUGUGAUCGUGCCGCCGCGCACUUGCGCCGCCCCGACCCGCAUCACCUGCCGCCUGGUCAAGCCCCAGAAGCUACAGACUCCUCCCCCAUUGGUGGAGGGGGAGGGGCUGGCCAGUCGCAUCAUCUCUCUGGGCCCAGCAAGCAUGCAGUUCUUGGGGCCAGUGAUUGUGGAGAUCCCCCACUUUGCAGCGCUGGGGCGGGGUGAUCGGGAACUGGUGGUCCUGAGGAGUGAGAAUGGCAACGUUUGGAAGGAGCAUCGCAACCGCUAUGGCGACGAAGUCUUGGAGACCAUCCUGAAUGGCAUGGAUGAGGACCUGGAGAGCCAGGAGGAGCUGGGCAAGAAGCGCAUCCGCCGCAUCAUCUCCACCGACUUCCCACUCUACUUCGCCGUGGUGUCCCGCAUCCAGCAGGAGAGCGACCUGAUCGGGCCAGAAGGAGGUCACCUGACCAGCAAGCUGGUGCCGCAGGUGCAGGCGUCCUUCCCCGAGACAGCAGUGACCAAGCGUGUCCGGCUGGGCCUGCAGGCCCAGCCGGUUCCGGACGAGCUGGUGGCGAAGCUGCUGGGCAACCAGGCCACCUUCAGCCCCGUGGUGACGGUGGAGCCGCGCCGCCGCAAGUUCCACCGGCCCAUCGGCCUGCGCAUCCCCCUGCCGCCGUCCUGGAAGGAGAGCCCCCGCGACGCCGGCGAGGGAGACACUACCAGCCUGCGUCUCCUCUGCAGUGUCAUCGGUGGUACAGCCCCAGCACAGUGGGAGGACAUCACAGGAACCACCAAACUGAUCUACUCCAACGACUGUGCCAACUUCACAACCAAUGUCUCAGCACGGUUCUGGCUGGCGGACUGCCCGCGCACGGCGGAGGCGGUGUCCUUCGCCAACCUGCUGUACCGCGAGCUGGUGGCGGUGCCCUACAUGGCCAAGUUCGUGGUCUUCGCCAAGAUGAACGAGCUGCGGGAGGGACGCCUGCGCUGCUACUGCAUGACGGACGACAAGAUGGACAAGACCCUCGAGCAGCACGAGAACUUCACCGAGGUGGCCCGCAGCAGAGACAUAGAGGUGAUGGAGGGCAUGCCGCUGCAUCUGGAGUGCUCUGGGAACCUGCUGCCCGUCAGGAAGGCCACCCAGCAGCCACGGUGCUUCAGCUUCCAGGCCUUCAGGGACAACCGCCUGCCUGUCUCAGUCAAGGUCCGGGACAGCAGCAAAGACCCGUCAGGAUUUCUCUCUUUCCUGCGGAAGUCGACCAAAUACGAGGACAGCCAACAAGUGCUCUGUAAUCUUAAUAUCACCAUGCCUCCUUGCAUCAAGAUUGUGGGCAGUGAGGAUCGCAGGAGGACUCUAACCCCCCUGGCUCUGAGGGAGAGGUACGCAGGCCUCAAUGAGCCAGCCAUGGCAUCACUAAACGCUAUUGAGAGGACAGAGCUCAAGAUGGCCGUCAUCGCAGAGCAGCUUGGCCUGAGCUGGGCCGAGCUGGCCAGGGAGUUGCACUUUAGCGUGGACCACAUCAACAAGAUCCGCGUGGAGAACCCCAACUCCCUGCUGGAGCAGAGCUCCACGCUUCUCAACCUGUGGGCCACGCGCGAGGGCAAGAGAGCCAAAAUGGACAGUCUGUAUAUGGCUCUGAAGUCAAUUGACCGCAUGGACAUCGUGAGUAUGCUAGAGGGUCAGCCCCAGCAGCAACAGCAGCAGCAGCAGCAGCAGCAGCAGCAGCAGCAGACGCCACAGGGCCGGCAGAGCCGCGACCCCUCCAGACGCAGACACAACGACCACCUCUCGCCCGGCAUGGCCAACGGUUACGGUCUGGCGGUGCGCGAGGAGAUGCUCUCCCCGGCCUCGCUGCAGUACAGCCUGCCCUCUCCACUGGGCAGCGAGCCCUACUGGCAGGAGGUGUCCAGCCUGGACUGCGCGCCCAUGGCCACCACGGAGGAGGACACCCUGAUGGAGAUGUCCGACAUGCAGGUGUGGCCGUCCGGCAACAGCCCCUCCCUGGUGGCGGUGGAGGACUCCUCGCUCGAGUGCAGCCGCGCCGACGACUCGGACGCCGCCUCCACGCCCGCCGCCGCCACGCCGCUGCCCCACGGUGGCGGCAGUGGAGGCGGAGGUGGCCAAGGGAGCUUGGGACGGCCCGGCAGCAGGGGGUCGGGGUGUGGUGGAGGAGCGGGCGGUGGCGGUGGCGGAGGGGGGACGCCCAUGGGCGGCAAGGGCCACUGUCUCAGCGGCUCCAUCGAGCUGCUGGAGGACGGGUCGUCGCUGGGGUGCGGCUCGGAGCUGAACAGCUCGGCGGGGACGCCCGCGGGGGUCAACAACGUCAACGGGCUUGAUGGAGGUCAAGGGUCAGAGGUGUCACCGUCAGGAGGAGGAGGAGGAGGAAGUGGAAGUGGAAGUGGAGGAGGAGGAGCUGGAGGAGAGGGGGGAGGUGGUGGAGGAGGAGGAGGAGUGGGAUUAGAAGAAGGCCUGUCGUCUGUCAUUGCAGGGCAACAGCGGGUGUAUGCACGCAUGAGUGACUCGCCGGGCCUGAGCCACGUGGCAGACAGAAAUGGAGACAGGUCACCGCCCCCGGGAUCCUUCCUCUCCUAUCUGCCCGAUGCGGGCGGCCAAGGGUGGCAUGGGGUGGCGGACGCCGCCGCCCAGAACUGGGUGGGCCCGUCGCAGGCCAACACCCGGCAGGCCAUGGAGUCCAUGAUGUCGUCGAUGCGGGAUGGGGCGGCGGACACGGCGCAGCGCGUGGCGCAGGAGGCCCUGCUCCAGCCGGUGCGCGACAUGGGCCACUCGGAGAUCCUGCGCGGCCACUUCCGGGGCACGCAGCCCUUCGAGAAGGGCCUCGGCUUCCCGCACCGCGUGCCAGAGCUGCGGGGCUGGGGACAGGGUGACGAGGCGGAGGAUAUGCCUGGCGAGCACGUGAGUGAGGAGCAGUUCACAGAUGAGCAUGGCAACAUAGUCACCAAGAAGAUCGUCAGGAAGGUGGUGCGCAGAGGGAAAGGUGCAGAGGAGGAGGUGGAGGGUGAUGACGCGCUCCUGGAGGGUUUCUCUGAGGGCACUCUGGAUGGCGGCAACGAGCCAUACAUCAGCUACGCUGUGUUAGGCCACGACGUCAAGCCAGAUGUUGUGGAUAUGAAGAAAGGUGCUCAGAUAGUAAAGUGCGUCAGUCUGCGGCGGGUUCAGCAGUGAUCCCCACUGCAGCCCGCACCUCCGCCCUUCUCACAGGACCUGCCCCCAAACUCCCCCUACUCAGACACAUGAUAGACACUGAUGUGGCAAAGACGAAUGGCGAGAGACCUGUCACCCAAAAAACAACAACAACAACAACACGUCUCCAUGACGACAUAAUCAUCAACAACAACAAAAACAACAACAACAACAACAAAACUAACAACCACGUCCACCAUCACUGCAGACACCGUCUCUGGAGUCGUGGAGGAGCCGCCAUUUUUCCUAUACGUUUUCUUUUUUGUUUUUUUUAAAAAAGAAGAGAAGAGAAAAAUGAGGACAGACAUAACUAGACGAGGCAUGUUUUCAUAGAAAACCAAAAUCCUAAAAAACAAACUUUAAAGCAAAAAAAGACGAGAAAAAAAACAAACCCCACAAGCUUCCUGUUCCUCUCUGAGCAUGCCCAGAGCUGCGCAUGGCCUGCCUGCUGACUCAGUACCUACUGCAAAGGAUCAUGGGACUUAUGGGUGGGGCAGCAGUAGUUGUUGUUGUGGCGCCCUGCCCCCCAAAGAUGGAUCUGAAUGAUGAUGGUUUACUAGUUGCAAUUUCUUGAAAAAGGGGAAAAAAGAGUUCCCCCCCCCCUCAGACAUAUGCUCACAUGGUACAUCCAGCACACACACACACACACACACACACACACACACACACACACACACACACACACACACACACACACACACACACACACACACACACACACACACACACACAGAAGCAUAAACAAAUCCACAAGCACCCAUUUACAUAUGGAUACACACAUUUUAGUCUUCCAGUACAUAACUAUAGGCACCCAAAAAGCUAGACGAAUGGUGAACGUAUGUACAGUAUGUGCCAGUGUGUGUGUGCCUCUAUAUACCUGUGAAUGUAUGUGUGUAUGUAUGACUGUGUGUACAAAAUGUGUGUGUGUGUGUGUGUGUACAAAGGUUUGAUUGUGUAGCCUAUGUAUGUUGGUGCGCGCGCGCGCGCGCGUGUGUGUGUGUGUGUGUGUGUGUGUGUGUGUGUGUGUGUGUGUGUGUGUGUGUGUGUGUGUGUGUGUGUGUAUGUGUGUGUGCGUGUGUGUACAAAGGUUCGAUUGNGUAUGUAUGUUGGUGUGUGUGUCUGUGUCUGUCUGUGUGUGUGUAUGCGUUUGCGUGCGUGUGUGUGUGUGUGUGUGUGUGUGUGUGUGUGUGUAAUGUCAUACAACUAUGCUACGAUGACCACGCUGCUGUCUUGAGUAUCCCAAACCACUCCGCGCUCUCUCUCUAUCUGUUACUGUUGGAUUUUCGUAGAAACAUACACUAUCUUGUUGCUAAUAUUCUGAUUAUUACUACUUAUUGUUCUGCGGUAUUAUUGAUAUUCUGUAGAGAUCGCUCUUUGUGGGAAUGAGAUCUGAAAAAAAAUCUACUUUGUUGUGUUGUUGUUCUGCCUGUUUUAAAUGUCAAAGCAUUCUGUC